UAAUAAUUAUGGAACGCAAAAUUGUUGGCAUGAAUUAUUCUUCAUCGAGUUCUACAGGAUAGCGCGUAAACAUCUUUAGAGAGUUACGAUUUGCAUGCGCGCACAUCUCCAGCCUCUACAGGUUAUCGUUCACUAGCUAUCCCCUUGAAGAGAGAACUUGAAGAGAAAUUUUUUUACUUUUAACCAAACGUCAUCUCAGCCAAGACGAAAGGCGGCUGAUCUGUCGAGUUCAAAGUUGUUUGCAAAGGAUUCUAAUCACACACCAAGUAAUUUGAGCUUCUGAGCUCUGUAGGGGGCACUGGUACUUAGUUGGCGUGGUUUAACAAUCAAAGUUGACAUUAUUCUAUGUUACAUGUAUAUUUAGCUCAGAUGUUCGAAAUCAGCUUACAGUAAAUAACCUCGCGGAAAAUUGUAAGUAAUUUCCGUGUGGCAUCAUCGACAAGACAACUUAGGGUAAAUGUAAUUUUUGGUAGCAUUACGAAGGAAAGAAUUUAAAAAUAUUUAUCAUACCCAGAUCUAAUUCAUUGUCGAAUACACGCACCUUUAAAAAGAUCGCGCACAAAUCGACAGAUCUAUGAAAUUGUUUAAAUUUUAUUAUUAUAUUGCUAUGACUGCAAUCCACACAAAUGUAAUUGCUUAUUAUUCUACUCUUCAUAAUUACCAAAGUGAUAAUUGUUGGUUAGAAUUAAUAAUGAACAGACGUAUUCAGAUUUUCCUUAGAUUUCUCGGCCGGCAAAGAUUCAGUUAUUUGAGACUCAGAAUUCCUUGCUUUCCACAGCGAUAGGAUAGUAUUUCUUUAAACCUUUUUACAAAGCGUGUCUUCGCGGUAUUAUGGAACAUUUAGCGCCUCUAGUUAAGAAUGACAAUGAAUCAAACCCACGCUUUUGAGCUAUUCAGUGCCUUCAGAAAGCUCGUGUUGUUUCGUUCUGAUUAAUAUUGCAUGCAAUUCGAUACCCGAAAAAGGUUUGUAGAAAAGCUCUCUAAGAUAACUACAAGAACUUCUGAUCUUAUGUAGCGAUUUGCUUCUCAUUGCAGAAAAGUUAUAGAAUCGAGAGGCAAAGAUUCAGUUAUUAUCCAAGUUCUAGAAGCAAUGAGGGGCAAAAGAUGGAACGGAAAAGUUGGUGUUAACCUCCUGAGUAUACUUAAAGUAUGUCACCUUUCUGUGUUAUUUCUGCCCUUUGCGUCCUGCAAUCAUGAGAGGAGAGCUUACAAGGAAGGUGAUGUCAUCUUGGGAGGUCUUUUUAAUCUUCACUUCGCUGGAACCGAGGAUCAUUGCGGUGACCUUUUUACAAUGGGACUAGGACACGCUGAAGCAAUGAUAUUUGCCAUUGAAAGCGUGAACAAAAAUCCACGUCUUCUUCCAAACGUCACACUUGGUUACGAUAUUCGAGAUUACUGCGAGAGGACUGCUCUAGCCAUGAAAAUAACCUAUAGUCUGGUGCGCACCAGCGACCAAAUCUGUAUGCCUUUCUUAAACUUUUCAUCCACUGGUAAUAUCACUACGUCAAAGCCCAUUUCAGCUCUAGUUGGACCGUACAAUUCGGGCAGCGCAGUGCUGGUGGGGAGUCUGCUUCAGGUUGCUCCUAUUCCUGCAAUAAGUCCAACUGCAACAAGCGUGGAGUUAAGCUCACCAUUGUACAAUGACUUCUUCAGAACAGUUCCACCAGAUAACUGGCAGGCAAAAGUCAUGGCAGACAUCAUUGAACAUUUCAACUGGACAUACGUGGCUGCUGUAGGCGUAGAUGACUCCUAUGGACGCAACGGUAUUUGGGCUUUGGAACAAGAGUCUUAUGAUAGAAAAAGCUUUUGCGUUGCUUUUUCGGAGUUUAUUCCACGUCUGAAGUUCCAGGAAAAAAUAAAGCAAACAGUUUUAAGGAUUAAAAAAAAGUCCAGUAUUGGAGUGAUCAUAGUGUGGCUUUCUGGUGGCAAAGGCAGAGCAUUCCUCAAAGAGGCAAGUGAUCAAAACCUUCAAGGAAAAACAUUGAUUCUAAGCGAUGCACUCACUGCUGAAGAGGCAGUGUUUCUGGAUCCUCGUUUUCCUGUGUUGGAUGGUUCUCUAGGAAUACAACCACGAGAUUACCAAGAUUCUUCUUUCGAAGAACAUCUUAAAAGGAUUACCCCUACAAAGAGCGUCGAAAGCGGGAUGAUUUGGUGGGAAGAAUUUUGGAGUUCACAUUUCAACUGUUCAGGAACGAAAUUCAAUGAUUCUAACAUACCAGCAUGUGAUGCAAAUCUCACUUUGAAUCAUGCCGUCACCAAGAUCCGAAGCUCAUUUGUUUCGUACCUCAUUGACGCGGUAUAUGCCCUUGGAUAUGCCCUGAACAGUAUCUACAACUGUUCAACAACAAAUGAUGCUGACUGUCCUUCCGUGCAACCGUUUGUUAAAGGAAGUGACGUCCAGAAGUUCCUCCGGAAUGUAAGUUUCCCCGGAGUGACUGGCAGAGUUCAAUUUGACAGUUCCGGAGAUCCUUUGUCCGCCUCGUAUGACAUCAUCAAUUUCCAACGUGUAUCAACCAUUGGAACGCCUCACAGAAAGGUUUUGGUGGGAUAUUGGGACAAAGAAACUACCCCAAAGCUCCGUUUAAAUGAGCUUUCUUUGCGCUGGGGUUCUCUUCUCCAUAAUCUUUCCAUUCCAGUCUCAUUCUGUGCACGCGAAUGUUCACCUGGUACCAUGCAGUCGCCCACGACACCAUGUUGCUGGGAAUGCAUAACAUGUCCACAGGGAACCAUCAGCACCGGAAAUGGAUCAAGCACUUGUACAGAAUGUCACCCGGAUACCAAACCAAAUGAUAAGCGCUCAAAAUGCGAAGAUUUAACAGUCAUCAAUAUCCCACUGAUCAGCGCCACUGGAGUUGGUAUCAUUGUGAUAACGUCCAUCGGUGUACUCCUCUUACUUCUUACUCUACUAAUCUACUUUAAAUUCUAUAAUACUCCAAUCGUAAAGGCAUCUAGUAGAGAAAUGAGUUUCCUGUUGCUCUUUGGCAUCAUGACACUUUUUGCCCUGGCUGUUCUUGAGCUGGUAGAACCGGGUCAAGCAUUGUGCUACGUUGUGUACGUUGGGCGUUAUUUUGCACUAAAUCUUUGCGUAACAGUACUGUUCUUAAAAACGAUGCGAAUUACGAGUGUCUUUCAGGUAGACAAAGUAGCAGAACUGUUUACACCGUGUUUUAAGACAAUACAAAGGCAGACCAUGACGAUCAUCUUUAUGAAUUCAGUCGCUUUAUCUCUGAUAGCGUUGUGGAUGAUGUUUGAUCCUCCAAGACGCGAGAAAAUCAUACGUCCAGACGAAUACAUUUUUCUCGUGUGCAAACCUUUCCGCUUUAACACCGGCUAUUCGCUGUUCCUCGCUGUCUGCUCUUACACAUCAACCGUAGCUCUCCUCUGCACCUAUUACGCUUUCAAAGCCAGAGACAUCCCAGAGAACUUUAACGAAGCAAAGUACAUUGGAUUCUCCAUGUAUAUCCUCUUGCUAUCGUCGCUAGCAUAUUACCCAGUGGUGUUUAAUUUUGAGAGCUGGUAUGUGACUCUAGUGGCAUGUUCAACAACGUUAGUAUCCUCGUUUGGGUUACUCAUCUGCAUGUACGGUCCCAAGAUGUAUAUUCUUGUCUUGCAACCACAGCGGAAUACUUUAGAAUGUGUACGUUCGCAAGUGUCUCAAUAUUCGUUUCACAAAUCACGAUCUAAAGUGUGGGCAGCGUCCACGUCAGUUGGGAGUUUAAGCAAUGUCCUUAGCAAGUCCACAUAGAGUGAAAUUUCAGUCCUAUGACAAGUCAACUCUCGUGGGAGAGUUGUGAACGACUGAAAUAAUUAAGAGGGGAGUUGGGUCCACUGAUCUUGUGCGCAAAAAACUUGACGACUUCAACUCAACCGUACUAGCACUCUCUCUUCCGGGUAAAGACAUGCGGGAACCGCAUGGUUUAGUGUCGAAAUUAAGAGUAACAGGGGUGACUGGUGAGAUUUCCUUAAAAAAAAAAAAAAACUGACUUAUAAAUCCCUCGAUUUAAAUAUUGGAAAAUAGCGAUUGCCUUCAUUCCAUAGUGAACAUAUAUGUAGUAUAUCGCGUUGCACAGCAUUACUAGUGUACGGACAUAUCCUAUUGAUAAAUCGUUUUGCUCUUGCAUGAAAGUAAGAAAAAAGCAACCUCAAAGGUUGUAUGAUGAAGACACUUCUUUGAUCAUUCAAUAAAGGACAGUUGAAUUAGACUGAGCAUGAAAAGUUCUAAUUACCAGUGACUGUAUUACAUUACUUCAGACGAUGUAGAACGCUAAUAUUUCGUAUAUCAAAAAUGAGCUUGUAUUAUUAUUAUCCUGAUUAUUGAAACGUUACGCCUUUAACAUGACAUCAAAGAAAUUGUUUCAAUUCUAUCAGCA